AGAGAAGAAGAAAUGCUGCCAAAACAGCGAGUGAGCGGAGUGUAGCCGGUGUUUUUGUUUGACGUUGCCGUUGCGUUCCGUCAGUUUAAGUGUUCAAUGUGAUCAAUUCGGAUUACGACACACUGGAUGCAUUUUGGAUCUAUCGGAGGCCGAGACAAAUACUGAUAAACGAUCUAUGACAAAGCUCCAAAGCUAGAACAUGUGUGCCGCCGUCUACGUCCUGUCGACACUGACUGGUUAUGUCCUCACAUCUGCCCUGCUCCUCAAAUGUCCCUCUAUCCUUCACCGGAAGAAGAAAGAGACUUUCAGAAGCAGACAUAUUUCCCAUCGAGGAGGUGCAGGUGAAAACCUGGAGAACACAAUGGCAGCAUUCAAACACGCCGUGGAUCUCGGCACUGACAUGUUGGAACUGGACUGUCACCUGACCAAAGAUGAGCAGGUGGUGGUGUCACAUGACCCUCACCUGCAGAGGGCUACUGGAAUGAAUGCCCACAUAUCUGAGUUGUCCUAUGCUGAGCUGCCCCCGUACCUCUGCAAGCUGGGUGUUACAUUUCAGAGGGAAUGUUUCUGCGAGGGGGCCCAGAACGAGCGCAUCCCUCUCCUCAAGGACGUUUUUGAUGCCUUCCCCAACACGCCCAUCAACAUUGACAUCAAGGUCAAUGACGACAAACUCAUCAAGAAGGUGUCUGAACUGGUGGUGCAGUACGACAGAGAAAACCUGACAGUUUGGGGAAACGCCAGCCACAAGAUUAUCAAGAAGUGUUACAAGGAGAACCCCCGAGUCCCCCUGCUCUUCAGUUUCCCCAGGGUUCUGCAGUUGCUCGGCCUCUUCUACACAGGACUCCUGCCAUUUGUUCCUCUGAAAGAGCAGUUCUUGGAGAUCCCCAUGCCCUCCAUCAUUAACAAGCUGAUGGAUCCAAACCAUUUAACCAGGAGUCAGCGUAUCUUGGCCUACCUGGCAGACAGCUUAUUAAUGAGGAAGGCUCUGUUUAAUCACCUGACUGCCAGAGGGAUACAGGUCUACAUCUGGGUGCUCAAUGACGAGGAGGACUUCCAGAGAGCGUUUGAUUUAGGAGCCACCGGAGUUAUGACAGAUUUUCCCACCCGGCUUAAGGACUACAUGGACCGGAAUGGCAUUUCUAAACUCGAGUGACCUGCCAAAAUCCAGCCACACAACAGUGAUUAUCCCUCAGCUUAACUGACCUGCCAAACCCAACUGUCCCACUACCACGUUUGAGGCAUAUAUUUCAGCAGGGCGACACAGGAACUAGCGUCGCAAGAACCAGUUGAUCUACUGACACAACUUGGGUGUGUGGACGCACUGUGGUCAUCUGUCUGCUGCCAGGCCCUUUUAUGUCGGGAACCACCUCAAUACUUGGCCAAAGCAACCACAAUGGUUAAAUAUUUAUUUUGUUCAAAUGCUUUAAUCCAGUCUCUUGAAGUAUUUUUGAGGAUAUACUGCUGUACUGCUGUAAGCAAUACUCUCCUGCACAGCGACUGCCAGAGAUGUCAUCUCAUGUCAUCGAUAUAAAUACUAUGUAACUAUCUAUAUUUUGACAGCAAUUUGUUUUCCAUCAUGGCCAGUAAUAUUUGAAACAAGCACUGUGCAGUAAAUGUAAUAUUUCUACACAGGACUGUUUUGUUGUUGUGUUUCACAUGCUGUGUGUGACAAAUGUGUCUUAAUGGGUCGGAUGUUUUUAUUUAAAUGCCUUUUCAUUUCUAAGAUUAUCUAUAUAUAAUGCAUAUGUUGAUGUUGUGGAAAGCAUUUAUUUCUGUGUGUGUGUGUGUUUAAAAAAAUGAUUUCAACAUGAUGGUCAAAACUGGUUGAAUGUAUCAAUGUAUUUAAUUAUUUAAAUUUAAAAUACGUCUAUUAUAGAAGUUUUGUCCAAUUUAUUCAUCGGGAAUAAAGUGUCACAGGUUUUAUCUUUCAAAGAGAUUCCCAAGAAAAUCAUUAAUAAAUAGAAUUUUCAUUAAUAUGUUGUCAAUGUAUUCUGUAUUUUGGGGGAAAGAACCGGUCUGUCUGUCUAAAUUUAACCAUUUAUUGUUCUUCUGCUUUAUAUAGUUGCUUUUGCUGUCUUUUCAAUAUGAUUUCAUGUCUAUUCCGAGCGACAGGCAGCAGGAGGCGGACACCAUUUGCACUUCAUCCCCGUAACUGUUUUGCUUUCUUUUUCUUCCUUUUAAAUGCUACACAUGAAGAUAAACACUUGACAAUAGCUGACGCACAUUUGAAGUGAACGUUUGUGUCCUGUUACUUUAAAGGUUAUUAGCGACUUCUUCUGACCAAUGAACGUGGUGUUGCUAUGCCUUAUUAGCGCUGUGAUUGGUGGACUCUCUUGUCAUUUAUGUCUUCAGCCAAAGACGAUAUGUUGCACUGCGAAAAUCGGUCACGUCGACUUGCUAAACUAUUGCGGCAAAAAUUGCGGCGCAUGUGUACCUAUCUUAGGUAAGCGUUCAAAUGCGAAUGUGGUAUUGUUUUACACGCUACAAUGAUGUAGCAAAACGCCUUUAAAAUUUC